GGUGUGUGUGUGUGUGUGUAAACUGAGCAGCAGCACGGGCAGACUGAGAGCCCAAGCUGCUCCAUGCUCUCCAAGAACACUGCUAUUCCUGAUGGUCCUACACACACACACACACACACCAAACACAUGCUUAUAUAUCUGCCACCACAGAUUCAACAAAUCUCCAAAUACGGAUUCUACACAGGAUUUCAAAACUCGGGAAAGAGUUGAAAAGAGCAUGUGACAGCUGGGACAAGUCAACUUCUGUCUAUUUCUUUCUUUCGAUCUAGACAUUGUACUCUCUAGAUCAGUCCUAAACUCUAGGAUUACUGUACACGGUCAAGGAAAAGAUUGGGAAGAUUUGGGACACUCCAGAAGAAAAAAGGAGCCUUAAAUCCCAGUCUUGAUAAAAGCUGACUAUACAAAAGACUCCCUACACCGUUCACACAAUCACAGAUUGCAAGCUCUGGGAUUUAUCCUGUGAUGGAAACAGUGCAGGCAGAUUGCAUGCAAAGUGUAGUGGGUGAUGGCGUAGUCGACGAGGAGGAAGGGGCAGUCGCCAUGGCUAUCAGUAAUGCAUCAGAAGCGGGCCGAGAAGAAGGGGGUGCCAUGGCAUUCGGUGAUGGACUACUUGAGCAGCCAGAAGAAGCAGGCGCUACAGCAAUGUCGACUGGCGAUUUUGCGGAAAUGCCAAUUAGUGGUGCCAUGGUGACACCCAUGAAUGCAUCAGAGCUUUCAUCUGAUGGUGCUACAAGGAUGCCAAGCAAUGGAGCAACACCAGUACUAAUUGAAGGUGCUUCAGCAAUGCCAGUUGAUGGUUUCUUGGAAUUGCCAAACUAUAGUCCAACAGCAACAUCCCCCACUGGGGCUAUGGCCAUGCCAGCUGAUGUUGCCACUGCAAUGAUGUUUAGCAUCGGCAUGGAUUAUGAACCCUCAGCUACAGGACCCUCAGAUGUGGACCUGUGCAAGGUCUGCGGCCAGCGUCACUUGCUGGACGAAAACCAUGAGUACAACUACAAAGAAGAUGUGGACGAUGAGCUCACUUGCCACAUCUGCCUACAGCCCCUAAUCUGCCCACUGGACACACCGUGCGGACAUACCUACUGCCAGGAGUGCCUGACCAACUUCCUUGUCGAGAGCGAUUUCUGCCCAGUGGACCGUGUGCCCAUCCUGCUGCAGAACUGCCGCAGAUCCAAUGUCCUCGUGCAUAAGCUGCUGGACAAGCUCAUGGUGCUAUGCCCGUUUACGGAGCAUUGUUCAGAGACCAUGCCAAGGGGAGAUCUGCAGGGGCAUUUCUUGAGCAGAUGUAAAGGAGCUUCACAUUAUGGCUUGUCAGCUGAGAGAAAGCGCCGCUCGCAGGAAGGAGAGUGUACUGACAGCACUUCAGAACUUGCUCUGGCAACUCUGCCCGCUGAUGGCCCAGCCUCCAGUGCCAUGGCCCUCCUAUCAGAUGAGCCGGGCCUUGUUAACCCUGCGUAUGAGCCUGGCAUGGAGGACAACAGCCAAUCGGGGAGCACCACCAGCCUGACAGGGCGCAGCAACUCCAAGAAGAGUGAGUUUCGUAAUUUCGACCGCUCGUCUGUGAGGAGUCGUUCAUUCCGGCGUCUGAACAGGGCCUUCAGCGUUCUCAGGAGGACCAAAAGCGGCACAGCGGUGGUCCACGACAACCCUGAGGAAAGAGAUAACCUCAGAAACGCCAACAUGCCACAAGAGGUUUUUGCUCUGCCUCAGCUUCAUCAUCUCAUUCCUGAUGGCGAGGUCACAACGGUUAAGAUCACGCGCUCGGACCCCUGUGAGCCGUUGGCCAUCACCAUUGUGGGAGGAAACGAGACGCCUCUUGUGCGCAUCCUUAUCCAGGACAUCUACAGAGAAGGCGUCAUUGCACGUGAUGGAAGACUGCUGCCCGGAGACAUGAUCCUCAAGGUGAACGGCAUCGACAUCACCAACGUCCCGCACUGCUACGCCCUUGCGGCCCUGAAGCGUCCCUGCAUGCUGCUUAGGCUGACUGUGCUGCGUGAACAGCGCCACCGUUACCGUGCGCACCACCAUCACCACCACCACCACCACCACCUCCCUCAGCCGGGCGAGUUGCUGUACCCAGGCUCCGGCGGCAGCGUGAGGGACGACAGUCUGCACGUAGUCCUGCUGAAGAGUGUGCCCGAUGAGCAGCUCGGGAUCAAACUCGUUCGCCGACCCGACGAGCACGGCGUCUUCGUCUUCCACCUGCUCGAAGGAGGUCUGGCGGCACGAGAUGGCCGUCUGCGGAUCAAUGACCGUGUGCUUGCUAUCAACGGCCACGACCUGCGUUACGGAGCUCCCGAGCAUGCCGCUCUGCUUAUACAGGCGAGUGCUGAGCGAGUGCACUUCAUUGUGUCGAGACAAACUCACGUACCCGCCCCGGAUAUACUCCAGGAGGCACCGUGGAACAUGGAGGGACCUCCACCCUACUCCGCUGUGGAUGUUGAGCAAUCGCUGGUGGACUUGUGCCAAAAGCUGGGGUGUUGUGAGAAGACGGUGACUCUGGCUAAGGAACCUAACGAGUCCCUGGGCAUGACUGUAGCAGGAGGAAUGAACAGCCGCGGCUGGGACCUGCCCGUCUACGUCACCAAUGUCGACCCCAACGGCGUGGUGGCCCGUGAAGGCUCCAUCUGCAAAGGUGAUAUCCUGUUGAACGUGAACGGUGUGGACUUGACCGGGGUGACUCGGAGCGAGGCGGUGGCAAACCUGAAGAACACCUCCUCCCCGGUAGUGUUGCACGUGCUGGAAAUGAGACCACCAGACAUGAGCUCUGUGGACUGCAUGCCCCCCGCCGUGUCCUCGCCGAACUCGCCUGGAGACGUCAAAAUGCCCCUUCCCAAUGACGAUUACUCACCUCUGUGGGUCUCCUGGCUUCAAGUGCCCAGACACCUGUAUAGCUGUAAGGACAUCGCGUUGCGCAGGAGCACAUCGGGGAGUUUGGGCUUCAGUAUCGUAGGAGGUCAAGAGGAGCUCAACUGCAAUCAGUCCUUCUUCAUCCGCUCCAUCGUGGAGGGAACGCCAGCGUACAAUGACGGCAGGAUACGGUGUGGAGACAUCCUGCUGGAGGUGAACGGAAAGAGCACAUGGGGAAUGACUCACACAGCUCUAGUGCGCCUGCUAAAGGAACUGCGUGGCCGUAUCACCCUCACCAUCGUCUCCUGGCCUGGCAGCCUGCUAUAGACCCGUGUUGCAUAGGGGAGGGGCUUAUUACAAUGACCCUGUGUUGGAGGAUGGAGCAUCACACAGUCCCUGCCCACGUUGAAUGGGCUUUUGGACACGGACUUCCAAGUCGUAUGAAAAUGGACCGGCGCCGUAUGAGGUGGUUCAAGGUGCUUUGUACUUUGGUCCUGGUACCAUAGACUAACAUGGACCUCAGAAGCUUGAAGGUGGGGCAUAUAAGACUCUUCACAUGAGGACUCACCAAAAGUUGAGAGAUGAUCCAGUGUGUAGGUGAUUCCGGUUGAAACCCUCCCUGUGAUACUAUCGCCAUAAUUCCAUUGGCUGCCUGUGCACUCGAUUAGCCACACCCCCACAUCCCCUCCGGUCCCCCGCCUUCGCCUCCAGCAGGCCACAUACGCAAAGAGGUGCGUCUCUUUUUACCUUCGGCUGAGAGAUCGCACAUGAUGACGGGAAGAGGCGAUGUGUGAAACAGUGUAUAUAAAAUACUCCUCCUUGGGCAAUGUGCAAACAUAUUUUAUAAGCGUGUAGCGGAUUCCUGGUGGAACGGAAAGGACUUCUGGGAAUGGGUCGAGGUUCGAAGCUAAUGUUUGCCAACUCGGCUAGUUUCGAUCUUAGGACAACGCAUUCGAGAUGCGAACGCACAUUUCUUUCCUCUUCAUGUUAGUGUGUAUUUCUUUUUUUGGAGGGUGGGGAUGGAAUGAGAGGGGGAGAAGAAUUCAAGCGUUCAUACUGUGGCGAAUGUUCCUUUCAUUUAUUUGUUUACUUCUCUUUCUUCCUAUGGCCUUUUUGAAUAUUGGCUUCGCUUUGUUCGUUCGACAGUAAUGCGUUUUCUUUUCUCCAGCCACUGGAGAGACUAGGGUUUGUUUUGGGUUUUUUUUGUUUAUAUGUUGGUAUGUUUCAGAUGCUGUUGCAGAGAAAAUAUAUAUCUUUGAGUAUUAUGAAAAAAAGAAGAGAAAAAAAAGAAAUUAUGAAAAUAAUAUUGUUCAUAACGGUCUUUUAAAAAGGAUUUUAUAUAUAUAUAUAUAUAUAUAUAUAUAUAUAUAUAUAUAUAUAUAUAUAUAUAUAUAUAUAUAUAUAUAUAUAAAAUGCGCUUUUAAUAAUGAGAGUUUGGCGGCCUUGUUGAUUUUGUGUUUCUAGACGUGAGACUCGGAAAAGAUGGCACGUCAUUGUAGAAAAGCCGUGUGGUCGAAUGUCUCAUGCUAUGUCUUGUGUAGCAUUCUGUAUCUUAUGAUACUUUUGGUUAAAUCAAUAAAAAUGAUUCUAUAAGGAAA